AUUUGCACUUUGUCCGAUCAUGUACAAAUAUUAAGUGAUAAUAACUUUGACAAACGAGUUACAUUUUACGCAUAGUUUUCUACAAAACAGACUUUAGAUUUAACUAUAUCAAAUUGGGUACAAAGUUCUGUAACUCGACUUGCGAGCUGUUUAUUUCAUUUCAAUACGUCAUUACUUGACCGGCUUUUGGUUGAACAACACAUAGAAAACGUUGAAUAUGAAUAAAUUAAUCGGUAUAACGAGGAGUUUCUCAUCCUCCGCGUCUUUAAAUGCUGUUAAAACGGUGACUGUUGUUGGCGGUGGUCUUAUGGGAUCCGGAAUCGCCCAGGUUGCAGCCCAAGCCGGUCAGAAUGUGACAAUCAUAGAUGUCAACUCGGAACUGUUAGAAAAAGCCCAGAAGUCCAUUCAGACAAAUCUUACAAGGGUUGGUAAGAAGUUGUACAAGGGUGAUGAGGCCAAGAUUGCCAACUUCGUGAAGGAGUCCGCUGAGAGGAUCCGAGUGUCCACCAAGCUGGAAGAUGGGGCUGAUGUAGACCUGAUUGUAGAAGCUAUUGUGGAGAAGCUGGAUGCCAAACAAGAGCUGUUUAAUAAACUUGAUGUGUUGUCCCCACCACGCACGAUCUUCGCCACCAACACUUCCUGCAUCUCUGUCAACGCUAUCGGCGCUGGAAUUCAAAGAAAAGACCGUUACGGUGGUCUUCACUUCUUCAACCCAGUGCCUGUGAUGAGACUGCUGGAAGUUAUAAAAUGCGAUAACACAUCGGAGGAGACCUACCAGACCAUGAUGGAGUGGGGCAAGUCUGUCGGCAAGACCUGCAUCACCUGCAAGGACACGCCUGGGUUUGUGGUGAACAGGCUCCUUGGACCAUACUCUGCUGAAGCUAUCAGGAUGCUGGAAAGAGGUGAUGCCACCAAGGAAGAUAUAGACAUUGGUAUGAAGCUUGGAGCUGGUCUUCCAAUGGGCCCAUUCGAACUGGCCGACUACACAGGUUUAGACACCAACAGAUUUGCCCAACAAGCUCUAUACUCUAUGACCAAGAACGAAGUUUUCGCGCCAAUCGAACUUCUUGAGAAAAUGGUGGCUGAGGGCAAAUACGGCAUUAAAUCCGGCGAGGGAUUCUACAAGUAUAAUAAGAAGUAAUUUUGAUAAAGUUAUACAAUAUACAACAGAUACUAUUUACCUAUCGUUAUAAAAAUAAAUAUGAUUUUAUAUUUCUAUUAA